AUUCUUGCGCGGAUUGAAGCAGACAGAGGGGGCUUUACAUAAUUACGUUCAUGCUUUUUCACGUGAAAUGCUCCUUUAAAAGAAGGCUUCGAUUGAGCACACCGAGGCACAUCUCGCGCGCGAGCGAGCGGACUGUCAUUCUUCACAGUUGGGUGGUAAAAUUGUCUUUAAUAUGGUGACGUCGUAUCCAUUACCGGAGGGAUUCUCCGAGUUCGAUGUGUUUUCCCUCGGAUCUUGUCUGCUCGUGGAAGGUCUCCUCGGAUUUUUCCUGAACGCUGUCACCGUUAUUGCUUUCCUUAAAAUCAGAGAAUUGCGGACCCCAAGUAAUUUCCUCGUGUUCAGUCUGGCCAUGGCAGAUAUGGGCAUUUCAACGAACGCCACAGUCGCGGCAUUCUCUAGCUUUCUGAGAUACUGGCCUUAUGGAUCAGAUGGAUGCCAGACCCAUGGCUUCCAAGGCUUUAUGACUGCUCUUGCCAGCAUACACUUUAUUGCAGCCAUUGCUUGGGACAGAUACCACCAGUACUGCACAAGGACAAAGCUGCAGUGGAGCAGUGCCAUCACCCUGGUUCUCUUCACCUGGCUCUUCACUGCCUUCUGGGCUGCCAUGCCUCUGUUUGGUUGGGGAGAGUAUGACUAUGAGCCUCUGAGGACCUGCUGCACACUGGACUAUAGCAAGGGUGACAGGAACUACGUAUCUUACUUGAUCCCCAUGUCCAUUUUCAACAUGGGCAUCCAGGUGUUUGUGGUGCUGUCUUCCUAUCAGUCCAUUGAUAAGAAAUUCAAGAAGACCGGCCAGGCCAAGUUCAACUGUGGUACUCCUCUGAAGACCAUGCUGUUCUGCUGGGGUCCCUAUGGAAUCCUGGCUUUCUACGCCGCAGUGGAGAACGCAACGCUUGUCUCUCCGAAACUAAGGAUGAUUGCACCCAUUUUGGCCAAAACCUCACCUACUUUCAACGUCUUUGUUUACGCCCUUGGAAAUGAGAACUACAGGGGGGGAAUCUGGCAGCUGCUGACCGGCCAAAAGAUUGAGAGUCCUGCUAUUGAGAACAAGUCCAAAUAAACUAAACACAUGAAAA